UGAAACUGUCACUCGCCGAUUCUUCGCCGUCCUCAUCGCCUCUUGGAUUCGCUAGUAUCCAGUUCGGAAUAAUUCAUCAAUGUACGCGGUCAAGAAGUACUGAAUGUCAUUUUGUCCGCAGCGUCUCCUUCGUUCCCGCUUCAGCGCUGGACUGCCAUCCUGGGAUCCGCACCACAGAUGGUAUCAACCAGGGACGGGCUUUCAAGGCGCGAGAGCGUUAUAUUCCAGUAAUGAUGCGUCGAAUACGAGAGCUCAGCUCCCUCCCGCCGUUGAUACCGCUAUUAUCCGUACAACGACCCCCUAUACUAUUCCCGAAGAUCCUUGUCGGAAAAAUGUACUUCGGAGAUUAUCCUCUACAACGUCCAUCGUCGAUAAGAGUUCCAGCCCCGAUUCACCCUCCAGGAUUGAUUUAAUUGAGUCGCAAUCGUCCACAGUGCUUGAAGGCCCUUCUCCUGGUGCUGAACAGGAGCUAGUUGCUCCUAAUCAAGGUGGAAGAGAUGUGGGCCGACGACCGAGAUUUCCAAGCUCCAAACGCCUGCUUUCGAUCCCAGGGCGGAGUAGUAUCUUCACCUCAGGUCCGGCGCCAGCCAUAAUCUACAAAACCAAGGUCAUGGUUAGGGGUCAGCCCAGGGAUAGACAGAGAGUUCUCCGUCCUAAAACUGUGGCUCUGGAGAAGCGCAUCAGAUCUCAGACCUUCUUUCACGAAGGGGCGAAUAUACGCACAUGGAGAAUUGCACAAAGCGAUCUGUACAGGUCAAAAUUCUACGAAAGAGAGAUCCGAAAUGAGUUCUUGAGAGACUUGAAGCUGAACCCCGUCGAGCUGGACCUCCUAGAGAAACUCAAAACGGAUAGUCAGGGCAGUUUCCGUGAGGCUUGGGAGGCGUUAAGCAAGAGGGACAAAGCCCUUCAUUGGCACAGUCUAUCCUUAUGGUUGUUGAAGGAGUCUCCAGAGCUUGCCUUAGAAUUCUUGUCAGUGACCACUCAUGGCAAGGAGAGGCCUGUCUUUGUGAUGGUCGCAGAUGCCUUCCUUUUCUUGGACUCCUUUUACUAUGACAGGCUCAAGGACUGGAGAAAAGGGCCGCACACAUAUCAAUCUAAAAUCGUUCGACUUUAUGUGAAGCGCGCUGAUCGUGACGCAAUCUACUAUGCUUAUAAACUUGUGUGUGAGCGCAAGAUUCAUACAAAAGCGGAGACCCAUCUUUGUUUCAUGUGGCGAUUUAUCGAGUUCAAGGACGUCAAUAAGGCACUUGACGUUCUUGAUAACGUGCGGCGAAUGAAACAGGUUGAGUUUGGGAUGGAUUCUCAGAGCGUGAUGCGCCACUGCUGCAAGCUUCUCACGCUUGAUUCGGUUCAAGAAGGGCCGGAAGGGCGAAAUUUCUACAUUCUUCCCAAAUUACUCAAAAUGGGUGUUCGACCAGAUCGGGAUAUGAUGAACGUCGUUUUGUCCAAUGCCUUCAAAACAGGUGACGAGCAGUUGGGGCUCGAUAUGCUGGAGUAUAUGAAAAAUAAUGGCCUUGAACCAGACUCUUACACCCAUUUGAUCCUCCUCAAUGAUGCUGUUGCGCGAGGGAAUCGAGACCGCGUUAGCUCAUUGAUUCGGGAGAUCGAAUCUAACGAGGAGCUACUGAAGAAUCCUUGGAUCUCGAGUAAGAUCUUUCAUGCUCAUUUCGUUUUCACUGCGAAGCAUAUAAAUCCAGAUGACGAUCCUGAUGCGGUGUUCUACUCCAUGCUGGAGAUGUAUAACAAGCUACAUUGUAUUACUCCUUUGAAGGAGCUUUCUAUCUUACCACCCGAAUACACCCCUCCACCAGGAGGUGACAAUACGCCACCGACCACGAUCGCUUUAUUUCUCAUGAUUGCAACAUAUCUACGCUGUCGAAGGCGUGUCUCUAUUGCUCAGCGCCUUUAUACGAACUUUCGCUCCCUGGUGCUGCAGGGACACCCCACGAUUGCUCCUCUGGCAGCAACCGAUCACGUCUAUAACGAGUUCCUUGUGGCGUUUCGGGACAGUCCGCGGGGGUUGCGGCCAGCUAUGCGAGUAGUUGAAGACAUGCUGCAGACAUCUGCCCUAACAAGCAAUACCCGGGCGAUGCAUGAACAAGCAAGUGGUCAUGCCUUGCCUUCUGUUCGAACCUGGACAAUCUUGAUGAGUUGCUUUAUCUUCAACAAACAGCCGCACGCAGCAGAGAGAGUGAAGGAGAUGAUGGCUGAACAUAAUGUUGAAUUCAAUAAGGUCACCUGGAACAUUAUCAUCAGUGGUUACGCCUGCAAACAAAGAGUUUUUGAUCUUGCCCAGACUAUCAAAGCUAUGGAGGACGCGGGAUACGUCAUUGACUCCUACAAUAUGAAGGCUCUUCGUUACCUUCGAGACCCUGAACGACUUUGGGUGGCUCUGGAAGAGUUGGACAAGCUAUCACAGCCUUCUCUCACCACAUUGGCCGACUCUAAACUCGCACCUUCAAAGAGCGACAAAAAGACAAGGGACGAGCUUUUGGAUCAAGGGCUCAAACGGUUGAGGGAGAAACUAAAGCCCAAAUUAUGA